AUUUCUUCGCUUUUAUUCUUCCUGGCUUCCAUUUUUGCGUUUCCUCACCCAUGUCCACACCUCUUUUCAGGUUUAAUUUUCUCUUAAUUGCAUCAUAUUUUAGUUUACUUCAUAAUAUUCUGCUGUUUUCCUUUUUUGUGUCUUUUUAAACUGAAUUGGAGACUCUAUGUUGCAUUCAUGCUGUUUGUCAAACUGUUCUUCAGCUCUAGCGAUAUCUGGAACUGGUCGAAGGCUUUCAAAACCUUUAAUUGGAGAUGAUGGAAGAGUUUAUGCUUGUUCUGAGAAAAAUUUGUUUGCAUUUGAAAGCAAUGGUUCCCUAGCUUGGUCCUUGAAUUUGAACUAUACAUGCAACAUGGGGACAGCCCCAGUUCAUGGUGGUAGAGGGAAGCUAUAUUUGAUUGUAGAAAACAGACUUCUGAAAAUCAACUUCCAAAAUAUGGGUACUUCUGGCCCUGUCAUGGAACUUUUCUUUGGUCCUGCACAAAGUCAGCAAACCCUGGAUGAGAUUGUUGGGGUUGCUGUAAGCACACUUAGCUCAUCUGUCUUCAUCAAUAUUAAGAAUCGGGGCCUCUUUGCAUACACAACACACAAGCAGCUACUCUGGAGCGCUGGUCCUGUGCUAAACCAAUAUGGCUACCAGCAAGGUUGUAGGAAAGACGUAGAGGACUGUUAUUUUGCUUCAAGCCCUGUCAUUGAUCAAUGUGAGGCUAGUAUCUAUAUCUCAAACACUAAAGGGGAACUUUAUUCACUGUCAGUUCGUAGUCCCUACUUUAAAUGGAUCUUGGACUUAAGUUCAUUUGACAAUGUUUUCACUGUUACACCUGGUAACAAUGGCCGUUUAUAUAUCACACUACCUGUAAAGUCUAAGAUCUUGGCUGUAGAUGUUUCUUCAGGAAAUGUCCUCUGGCAGGGGAGUAUUGGGCCAUUAAGUACCACAAACUUUGAACCAGUUAUUGAUUCUCACGGAUGGAUUUCCAUCGGUUCAUUGGAUGGGUUCCUAUACUCAUUUUCACCAACUGGGAUUCUUAAGAAAUUUCCUAGGGCAACAACCCUGGAAUCUGUCAUCCAAGUCAGUCCUUUUCUUGAUUGUUCAGGCUAUGCAGUAUAUAUUUGUCAGACAGAAAUGGAGGGAAAGACUAGUCACACAAUCGGUGACUACACUUACAUCUCAGCAUUGAAGCCAAUAAGCACAGUCUUCACCCUGACGGUUCCUGCAACUGGAAAAACCUAUUGGUCUGAAGGCCAUACAGGCCAGUUUUCAUCCUCAUUAUCCAAGAGUUAUCUCCAGAACUUCGUGGUGGAUGAAGGAAUCCUUCUUGCUUUUAUAACUGCUUCAAAGACUGGUAAUCCGCUGCCUUGUCGUAGCACAGGUCAAAAGCUAGCUUCUAGCUGCUCCCAAGGAACACCACCUAAGGACCUCAGUAUCUACACCGGCAGGGAAAGGGAAAUAAUUCUGUUCCUGCUAUUCGAGUCUCUUCUGCUGGUAGUUUUAGCAGCACUAGUGCGAUUCUGUUGCAUAUUUUGGAAGAAAAAGGAGCUUAAAGAUCAACAACUGGGAAGCUUUUUAGAAAAGCGAAGAUCUCUCCAACUUAAGAAGAAAGCAUUUGAUAGGACAAUUACUGAGUUAAAGCAAAAGGCUGCAGAGGAAGCAAUGGCUAACGAGGUAAUCGAAAAAAUUGGAAGUUUAGUAAAAGAAAGAGAAGGCAUAGAGAGAAAGCUCUCAACAACCUACAGUUUGGGAAGGGAUGGAACAAGUUCAAAGACAAAAUCUCACCUUCCUUUAUACAAUGCAAGAACAAGGAGCUACUCUUUUCAAGGUCCAAAGAGAGAAAGUGUGACAAUCUUCCACGGACUAAGCGAUACAUCUUCUGUCAAAAGCAGCAGUGAUCAGGGAGAGUUCAGCUCAGAUUCUGAAGAAGAGGAACAAGUUUCAGCUGCCAAUGCAAAGGGAAAGGCAAAGGUGGAGACAGACACUAGUGAAGAGAGCUCUAGUGAUGACCAACUCCUCAGAAGAGACUACAGGAGAAGUCCAUUACAGCAGGCAUCUACCUCUAAGAGGUUCAUGAGUUCAUUGUACGUGGAGCAAGGAUCAAGGGAGGUGGUGGAACCCAUGUCAACCAGUAGCAGAAGCAUCUGGCUAAAGAGAAGGACAUUGUCUUGGACCAACUAGACUAUUAGACACUGUAUUAUCAUGGCAUCAUCCUUAACAAAACACCAAGCAAUCAAACUUUGUGGUGAAUUAAUUUAACUCAUCUAUUUGAACUAAUUUUUCAUCAAAUUUAGUAGCCAGAAGAAAUGGAAAAUGGAUCACUUGUACUCCAUUGAAAUAAUUAAUAAUAUUAGAACCUAAUGAACAGGAGUCAAUUGA